AUGGUACACACCCAUGAUCGUGCCUACCGGGAGCCCCACACCACAACACGCCGCGUAAACUGGGUGCCAAACGGGAACAGGAUUGAACGACCGGACGACAAACAAAGGGUACUGAACGUACACAAACCGGCCAGCAGUACACAAGGACGAAACACAACAACCAUUAACAAACCGACCAUUAAAACACAAGGCAAAAACACAACAACUAACAACAAACAUACGAGCAUAGCAACAAACAACAACAAACAAAUAUCAAACCACAAGAAGCAGAUACCGACCAACAAUAGGAACGUGACAACCAAGAACAAGACAGAUAAAACCAUGCAGCAAAACAAACACACCAACCCCAUACAGCAUUCUAAUAGAGAAACACAUAAACAAUUACCCAAGGAGGAGUUCGAAGUCAUUGUGCAGGUGGGAAAGAUGCUAUUUAAAUACAUCCAAGCCCACUGGCACAGAGACAACUGGGCUGACGACAACGCCACCUCGGUUAAGAACAACCUUGAGAAGAUGGGGGAGAGGUUGAACCCGCCUGGCAAAGAUGGAGUGCUCACGGAAAAGAUUAAAGAAAUAACGGUGGCCACCUACCAUCAAAUCAGAGCAACCAUGACAGAACACCUGGAUGACAUGGUUAAAAGAAUGGAGAGUGAGAUGAUCCUGAAGGAUGAGGAUCUAAUAAAGAUUAAAGAUAUAAGAGAGGUGAAGAAGAGAGUUGUGUUCCUAUUUGGAAGCAACAACAAGGCCCUUGGUGACAACAAAACCAUUAAGAGAUUGGACGCAUGCCUCGGGGAUAUCAGCAACAGGAUAGAAAGGGCCAAAGCGAACCAGUCACAACUACAUAAUAACAACAAUAGGAACACCACAACCACACGCUGUGCACGCGUGGGUAAAGAAACAAGGAACCAAGGGACACAGACGGAUGAGAUCCCAAUGAUGGUGGACAAAAGGCAGCAGACAGACAUCAAGGGACAAACCUCCACCAAGGUGGACAAACAACAACAGACAUACAUGGAACAAAGGAACCCCAGCACGGAUAACCAACAACAAACAGAGAUAGGGGAACAAAAUAGGGGUGAUGCGAGUGCGUCCCUGAUCAUUAACCCCAUCCCUACCCCUGGCCCUGCACAUUCACAGGGACCAGUGGGAGACAGGGACGCACACGCAGCACCAAAUAAUAUUAAUACUAAUAACAGUUAUAACGAUAACAAUAAUAACAAUAAUUAUUAUGAAAAUAAUACUAACAACAUUGACAGGUGCAGAACAGAAGGAGACUCUGAAGAGGAAGAGGAGGGGGAGAUUCCACAAAAACAAACAACCAUGUUUAGCUUCUUCCAUCCAACUCAAGAGUUCAUUAAGGAUCUUAAUGAAAACGAGAUGGAACCGGAAGAGGAAUCCUCUAAUUACAUACCUCCAACCACCAGAGGGGGGGGCUGCUUCAAGGGGUUGGAUGAGUUGAGGAAAAGGAUCAACUUUUCCCUUGAUAAUGACACCAAGGAGCAGAAUAGACAAAUGUCGGUGGAUAUCGUCAAAAAUAUCCUCCCGUUCCAGGAUGCUAACUGCAACAAGGAGAAUAUUAAAAAGGACCCGCAUCCACUUCUCAAAUCCUUUAUGAGAAGGCAGAGUAUACUAAACAAUGCCUGCAGGAAUGAAGAGCACUGUACGUGCAUUAGGACAUUCAUGGAGGCGUAUAGAGCUAAUCAGUGCACUCUAUACAAUAUAAAAAACCUAACCAUCAGGAUAUCAGAAGUAAUAGAGGGUAUUGAAAGAAUGGUGCAGAACGUUAACAAACCGGACGAUAAGAAAACCAAGGAGUACAUACUUAUCAGACCGUACUGCCCCACGUUGAGAACCAUAUACCAUAGGAUUCACCUUGCAAUGAUCAAAAAUAACAUCAUCCGCAAUGAGAAUCAAAUAACUAUGGCACACAAGGAGCGAGCGAGUUAUAAUUAUGACCAAUUAGGAGCGAGCAAAGUUGUAGCAGUAAAACUUCGCACACCAGCGAAGUAUAUCUGA